UGUAGAUUCGUAAACGAGCUGAAGUUGGGAGAGAACUUCACAUAGGCUCGUCCGUCGAUCAUAUUUUCACGGAAAAUUUUUAUAAUUUUCUCAGCAGCGAUGAAAACCCACUCUCCUUGUCUAGUUUUCAUCUCAGUUCUUCUCUUUCUUCUUCCAAUUCUAACAACAUAUACCGAAGCCGAGGUUAUAACCCUAACCGCUGACACCUUCUCCGACAAGGUGAAGGAGAAAGACACGGCAUGGUUUGUGAAAUUUUGUGUGCCAUGGUGUAAGCAUUGUAAGAACUUGGGUACAUUGUGGGAGGACCUUGGGAAGACAAUGGAAGGUGAAGACGAAAUAGAGGUUGGGGAGGUUGAUUGUAGUACGAGUAAACCAGUAUGUUCAAAAGUUGACAUUCAUUCGUAUCCUACGUUUAAAGUAUUCUAUGAUGGUGAAGAAGUUGCAAAAUAUCAAGGGCCGAGGGAUGUUGACUCACUAAAGAAGUUUGUCUUGGAAGAAGCUGAAAAGGCAGCAACAAAGGCACAGCUUGACAGUGAUAAGGAGUUGUAGAUCAGAUGUGACUUGCGUGUUGAACCAGCAGUAGCGCACAUUGCGACAGACAUCAUCUCAGCUUCGGUAUUUUGGUUCGGGCACAACAAUUUUGAAUCGGGAUCACAACUCCAGCGAGGCAGAUAUCAACCACAACCGAUACGUACGUGGGCAAGAGCAGCUUGUAUUCAUCAAUGAAAUUUAAAUACUACGUAAAUUUCUCACAGGAUAUUUUGUUUGGAUGUUCGUUAGGUUGGUGGGAUUGUCCAUGUUUAAGUUGUUGCAGAUUUAAAUUGAACACGAAUGUUCGGAUUUAUAAGAUGUUUCAAUUGCGCAA